AUGACAUUUGCUCGUUUAUGGAGCAUAAUUGUUGCCAUUGUUGUUACAAGUUUAUGCCUUUUUCAAUACUAUGGCUUUGAUGGGAUUUGGCCCUUUUCACCUAUUAGUUCAAAAGCAGAAAUUACACGUGAUCUGCGAGAAGUUAUUGUUUCGAAUCGUUUAAAACCAGCAAAAGAGAUUCGACGCUUUGCUGUUCCAUUUCAUGGAGUGAAGAGUGGAGCUGGUUUGGGAAAUCAACUCUUUGAAUUGUUUGCUGUUAUCGGAAUUGCCAAUCUUACAAAUCGAAUCCCCACUUUCAACAUUGAUGAUUCGGGUGUUCUCGGGCGUUUCCUCGAGAUCAAAGUCAUCUUUCCAGAUCUCAUCUAUCAAAUGCAAUACACAAUGAUGCCUUCGACAUCGAUUGCCAGUGUAAGCAUUCACACACUUGGCUGCUGUCGUUUCUCAACACUUGAUCAUUUGAAAAAGAUGGAGGACAACUAUGUCAUGGGACAUGGCAUUUACUUUCAAAGUCAUCUAUACUCCUCACAUAUGAGAAGCCGAUUUUUGGAGCUGAUGAACCCUUCAACUGAAGGAUUGAAAGCGGCAAGAAGAGUAUUGAAGGACGUGACCAAGGGUCCAGCUACAGUGCUUUUAUUCUCAAAUGAUCCCGUCUGGAUGCUCACAACUUUCAACGAUGUGAUUCAAGGCGGAAAACGGACAAAGCUUGGAAGCGAGUAUAAAGGAGUGAAUUACAUUAUUCCAAACACUGCUUCUCCUCAUGUCACUCUUGUCAUUUCUAGACUUUAUUGCAAUGUUAUUCUCGUCACUGAUUACUCAACAAAUGUGAGACCAGUGUACAAUGAGGCGACGACAACAAAUGUCUCGAUCAAUCUCAACUCUUUUCAACUCAUCUCUCUCGAUCAAAGUGCUGAAACGAUCACAAUAUCGGCUGAAUUUGUGAUGACAUGGAGAGACGAGUUGUUGCAUUGGUCUCUCGACGAGUUCAACCUCACCGUUCUCUCACUUCGCGCAUCUCAAGUUUGGCGUCCCGAUGUUGUCGUCAGCUCGGCAAUCUCGGCAGUGUACACAAUUGAUCCCGAUCAACAAAGAGUCAGCAUUUUCAAUGAUGGCCGCGUUCGUUAUAGCAUGUAUGGUCAAUUUGUUAACAUUUGUGAUAUGCGGGUGGAUCGCUUCCCUUAUGACACUCAAAUUUGCCAAGUGAAUAUUGGUCCAUGGACGUAUCGAUUAGAACAAGUACACAUCACAUCGGUGCCCGCUCAUCCACUCUCAAAUGGUGAUUACGCGGGUAACAGUGAAUGGGAGUUAACAAAUGCGACAUCGGGUGUGCACACGAGCGAUGACACUGACAUGAAUUUCUCUUAUGAAGAAGCCGAAUUUCAUGUUUGGCUAAAAAGGCGUCCUCAAUUCUACGUGUACGUCUUAUUGGUGCCAACGCUGGUGAUCACCGUCGUCGCUAUUUGUGGCCUUUUCAUACCCACAAACACUAUCGGAGAACGAGAAGAAAGAGUAAACUUGGGUGUGAUGACACUUUUGAGUCAUUCGGUGAUCUUGCAAAUUGUCGGUGAUGCUAUGCCAAAAACGACUGGGCUACCUGUUCUUGGCAAUUUUAUUUUGGCGGAGAUUUUCGUGACAGCAGUUGGAGUACUUUUCUCAGUUGUUGUGUUAACAUUGCACUAUCGGGCGCUCACUCGUAAAUGGGAUGUGCCUAGAUGGGCAAAAUGGGUCUUACACUUUCCAAAAAUGAAAAAGCUGAAAAGAGUUCGAAGACGAAGAGUUGAGGGUUUUGGUGAAGAAGUUAGUGGGUUUUUGGCUGAUCUCUCAUCACUUUUAUGUCUUUCUGAUGAAUAUAUGGUUGAAGAGGAAAGUGAUCACGUUAGAGAGGUUGGAGAGAAAUCACAAUUAUGCUUGCUUCAAAUUUCUUUAGCCUUGUGCCCUUUGACAAUCUUUGCUCGACGCCGAACGAAAACAAUGGAAGCCCUUCUCACGGAACGACUUUUUGAUUCAUCAGACUACUCAAAUGAGGUGCGACCAGUCUACGAUGAGACAACCACCACGAAUGUCAGCAUUCUUCUCAACCAGUUUCGUCUUCUCUAUCUGGAUCAAAGCACGGAGACUGUCAAGUUCAUGGUCGAAUUUGUCAUAACUUGGAAAGACGAGUUUUUGAUAUGGAAUGUUGAUGAAUACAAUCUCACCGAGAUCAAUGUGAAAGAAGAUCGUGUUUGGAGGCCCGAUAUUGUCAUCUCUUCAUCAGUGUCGAGCUCGUCUCCUUUGGAUGCAAAUGAGCGCUAUGUGAAUUUGGAAAGUGAUGGCACGGUAACAGAAAGCAUGUAUGGAAUGUAUGUUAAUGUGUGCCAAAUGCAGGUCGACGACUUUCCCUACGAUUCUCAAAACUGUGCCAUCAACAUAGGACCUUGGAACUACCGAAAAGAACAAGUGCAUAUCGCCACGGUUACACCCACAAAUUGGGAUUAUUACCUGGGUAAUAGUGAAUGGGAUCUGGAGAAUGCAACCUCAUCGGUGCACACAGAAGAGGACACCGAUGUCGCAUUUUACUACGAGGAAGCCGAAUUUAUAGUCAAAAUCAAGCGCCGUCCACAGUUUUACAUCUGGGUGCUUCUCAUUCCCACUUUCAUCAUCACGAUGGUCUCACUUUUUGGGCUUUUCAUUCCGACGAACACCAGUGGCGAAAGAGAGCAGAGAGUGAGCUUUUACUUU